GGCUCGUAGGCUGAGCUGUCCCGCGCCCGGGAUCCGAUUCGGGCAGGAUGGAGACGAGCAGCGUGGCCGACUCGCUCCUUUCCGGAGCUUGCGUGGUCUUCACCCUUGGCAUGUUCUCCACCGGCCUGUGAGAGCACAGCCCGGGUGGGCUGGGGCAGGACCAAGAAGUCAGGAAAGGAGAGCGAACGGCCAUGCUCCCAGGCUGCAUCCGGAACCCGCGCUCGGACCUCAGGCACAUGCAGAUGACCCAGAGCGUGGACAGCGUCCAGUUCCUGCCCUUUCUUACCACGGAUGUCAACAACCUGGGCUGGCUGAGUUAUGGGGUCUUGAAGGGAGACGGGACGCUCAUCAUUGUCAACGCCAUAGGUGCUGUGCUUCAGACCCUGUAUAUCCUGGCCUAUCUUCACUACUGCCCGCAGAAGCGUGUAGUGCUCCUACAGACUGCAACCCUGCUGGGGGUCCUUCUCAUGGGUUAUGGCUACUUUUGGCUCCUGAUGCCUGAUGAUGAGGCCCGGCUUCAGCAGCUCGGCCUCUUCUGCAGUGUCUUCACCAUCAGCAUGUAUCUCUCACCACUGGCUGACUUGGCCAAGGUCAUUCAAACUAAAUCAACCCAUCGUCUCUCCUUCUCACUCACCAUUGCCACCCUGCUUACCUCUGCCUCUUGGUCCCUCUAUGGGUUUCGACUCAGAGAUUUCUACAUCAUGGUCCCCAACCUUCCAGGAAUCCUUACCAGCUUUAUUCGCCUCUGGCUUUUCUGGAAGUACCCCCCACAGCAAGACAAGAAUUAUCGGCUUCUGCAAACCUGAAGCAGCUCAUCUGACCACUAGGCACCCUAAUGCCAACUUGAUACCAAAGAGUUCCUUGUUUCAGCUGGUCUUGGUGACCUGCUCCAUGGGUGCAGUGGGUUGUGGGAAAGAUAACUUUGAGAUUAGAGGGUUCAAAAAAUGAGCUUCACUCAGAAGACUGGAUGGAAUCUAUGACAUGAAAUCACUUAUUUGCUUGAGAGAUUAUCUUUUUUAAUUUUGGAGGUUGGGGUGAUAUCUUUAUACUGUGCCUUAAAAUAAACUGUUCCCCACCCCUGCCAA